AUAUCACUAAUAGUCACAUGAUACCGAAAUGGAGGAGGUUGACAACAUUAUUCUGCAUUCAUUGCGGUCAAUUGGAUGUGAUAUUGAUGAGGAAGUUCAAAGUCUUAAACAGUUUUCCACUGAAGUGAUUGUUGCCUGCACAGUAAAGUGCCUACGGACCAUAGUGAAAGAUGUCGACCUUCCAUCCAGUCUUCCACAGGGCACCGCCGCCAAGUUCAGAGUUGGUACAGCACUUGCUUCAAAUCUACAGGCUCUCGGAUACAGAGGAGACAUUGGGUACCAGACCUUUCUGUACUCUAGUGAGGUGGACAUUCGUAAGAUAUUCAUGUUCCUUGUGGACAAGCUUCCAAAAGAAACUGUAGAAACAACCGAAGAAGUACUAGGAUCCAGUGUUUUGCUGCAGAGGAAUAUAGCGAGUGUUCUCUCAAGGCAGCUAGCAUCACUGUGGGUGUCUCCAUACAUCAAGAACCGAGGCAUCACUAUGAGAGGGCAACCUCAAACCUGGCAGAGAGAGGGUACCUGUUGCAUGUAUCACUUCCACGCCUCCCAUGUCAUUGUUCCCGAGGGAUCUACAGACCUCACUAAGCCAACACCAAAAGCAAUCAAAGUGUACCAUCAGUCCAGUCUUCCGUUCGUUACUGGUCAGUGCCUUCACCACGGUGACACGGCGCCGUCCCUGAUGGAGGCCAACAUGGCCAAUGUGACGGCGCAGCAAGAGUGGGAGGCGGAGUGGAACAGCGCCGGCCUGGCCUCCAGACUCUCUCAACAGGACUACAGAUCCAAGAAAGCGCAGAGAAUACGAAAGCGUAUUACAGACCAGCUACGCCAAGAUCGGCAACGUAGUGAGGCUUCAGGAGAGACAACUAACGACCUGCAGCAGCUUCUUGCCACCAUCGGGGGACGUGGAGUGGGAGCAGCAAAAACUAAAGGGUCGCGUUUUACGCACACUGAGAAACUGUUGUUUGCCAAGGAUGAUGAGAAGGCUCUGUCUGAGGUACAGAGUCAGGUACCUGUUGGAAAAACAGAAGAGGAUAUCCAAAAAGAACGGGAGGAAGAACUGACCAAACUCAAGGAUGAACUGAACUCACUGACAUCGAACCUUGAAAAGCUCGAGCUUGAAGUUCGUAAGUUCACGGCUGGUUCCCAGCAAAUGGAGGAAGAGAUUGCCAAUCAGACGCGAGCAAAUUUGGAGAAGGAGGAGGGGUACAAAGUGAAAAAGCGAACACUCGAUUUGCUGCCUGAUGCAGAGAAUAACAUAGCCAAAUUGCAGGCGGUGGUGGAUUCGAGUGCCCAGCGGCUGCUCACAUUGGCCAGCCAGUGGGAGAAACACCGCGCCCCGCUGAUAGACCAGUACCGAUCCCUGAAGGACACAGCAUCGAGAACUGAGUCUGAAGCCCAGAGGAAGUUGGAAGAAAUCAAAGAGUUCCGUAAGAAACUGAAACAAGUGCAAGAUGAGGCAAGAGGGAAGGAAGAACUCAGCAAACAACUGCGUUCUGAGUUUGAACGUAUGACCAAGGAAGUCAACCGCUCUGCAUAUACAAAACGCAUUAUGGAAAUAGUUGCCAAUAUUAAGAAACAAAAAAUGGAAAUAGACAAGGUGCUUAUUGACACAAGGACUGUGCAGAAAGAGAUCAACCAACUCUCAGGCAAGCUAGACAGACAAUUUACAGUCACCGAUGAACUAAUAUUCCGGGAUGCGAAAAAAGAUGAAGCAGUGAAGAAAGCCUACAGAUAUUUGGCAGCAUUACAUGAGAACUGUGAGCUUCUGAUACGCACUGUUGAAGAGACUGGGGGCAUCAUGCGGGAAAUCAGGGAGUUGGAGGACCAGAUAAUGACAGAAGAUGGCAAGAAGACUCUUGAAAAUCUGGACAAGAUCACGGCCGACUUGCAGCAAAUGAAGGGAGAAAACGAAAUACUGCUGAAGAAACGAAAAGCUAAAUCAUAAUGCAGUGAUCAUUUUUGUAGUGUUUAAGAAACAUAUGGGCUAGUGCAGUGUUAGUUGUAUGCAAUAGUUCAUCAAGAUGAAAUGUUUAUUACUGUAUUAAACUUUGUAUAAAAUAAUUGAUUACUAGACAUGUGGAAACUGCAUUGGUCCCUAAAAGUAUUACGAUGUCUUUAAAACUGGUAAUAAUAGGCCAGUUUUCUAGCAAUAAUUGUAUCAACUGCAAAUAUUUAAGCCACACUUUAGGAAACGGUGCUAUAUGUAUGUGGGUAAAGCGUUGUCAUAAUUAGCCUGCGCAGUCCGCACAGGCAUAUCAGGGACAACACUUUCCACCAAGACUGGAUUUUUGUUUAGAAGAGACUUCCUUUAA